AUGGCCAGUACUAGCUUGACGGCCUCCUAUCUGACGCCGGACCCAAGCUUCAAUUGGUUUUUUCUGUUGGAGCUGAUCGUCUCCUGUAUUCUGGCCCUUUUCUUCCUCCUUUACUUCAAUCGACUAUUUGCGACCCUCGUAUCAUACGCAAUCCGAGCAUACACCUGGCACUACUAUCGCGUCUAUAUCGAUAUCAACGCGCUGCAGGUUUCGUUACUCGGUGGUCGAAUAUUCUUCAAAGGCAUCAGGUACCAUGGCGCCAACGAGACGAUCUUCAUCCACGGCGGUUUCAUAACAUGGAGAUAUUGGAAGCGCAAUGUGGAGCGGACGGACCUUUCUGAAGUCCGGCGGAAGACAGGAGGGCUGGAUAGACCCGAAGGGUCUCAAAGUCAUUCUGCUGGCGCUUGCGGAAAAAACGAUGACCGUGGGGAAGAAGGCGGCGUGAGAAAGGCCAAAGAGCUCCCAUGUCGCGUCUCUAUCAAGGUCUACGGCCUGGAAUGGUUCAUUUACAAUCGCAGUCCAGCUUAUGACAGCAUCCUGGCAGGGUUUGGCUAUACCAAAGAUGGUGAAUCAGACAAUAAUGAGGACAUCCCAUCUUCGCCAACUUCGUCUACAGGCUCGCAGCCGGAACGCCAGCAUACCAACGACACGGUCAAUAUCCAGUCUGCAGACGAACAUAAGCCAGCACCAAACGAUCUGGCAGAGCACCAUACGACGGAAAAUGAUAAUUUGCGAUCCCGAAAGACCGAUAUCCGCCAAGCUGAGCUGUCAGACCCCGUUUCAAAUAUGCUCCAGCUUCUCCCAGUGAAGCUUGAAUGCGCCAAGGGCGCUGUUGUGCUUGGAAACGAGAAUACCAGAUCUGUAUUAACCACCACUUUUGACAGUGCAACAGGAAACAUCGCGGCAUGCAGCGCAGGGCCUCUGGAUCUUUAUCGACAGCUCUUUGCAUUCAACUUCAGUCACCCUGUUAUUCAAAUGCGCCCAAAUCCCGACUUCAAACAAACUCAACUAGCAACUGCGAAAGUCCUGAGCACUAAAGAAGAAGAGGAUCCUUCGCAGAGCAAAAAGCGACGAAAUCUUUUUAGCUACCGAUUUCACAAACGCAAGCUAUGGCAUGGUCUUCGAGAUCUCGUCCCGUAUUUUCAGAGCUCCGUGGAGUCCUUUCAUGCCAGCAUCAAGCAGGUAGAUUAUCUGCCACGAAGUGAAGCAGAGUUCCCAGAAGUGCGUUGGACGGGACUGUCCCGAUAUCUAGAUCAAAGCAAUGCCGACGACCAUGAACAGUGGAAUUCGGUUGAGUAUGCCAGAUUUUCGACGAUCAUUGACAGCCCUAGCUUGGAUUUGACCUAUUACUGGGAUAUUCCGGGACGGGUUGGUCCUCAACACCUAGCUUUCACCCAAUCUGGCCAUGAUAAGACGGACAAAAACAUCAAUCAAGCUCUUCCUCCCGAAUGGGGUAUUGACAUGAAAAUCGCUGGCGGUACAAUAAACUACGGGCCUUGGGCCGACAGGGAAAGAGUCGGCUUGCAAAAUGUCUUCGUCCCAAAUUUCUACCGAAGUUCCGAUCCUGCAGAGCAAUUAGCCCCCGGUGUCUUGAGGCAAAGUACAGCGUUUAGAUUGCGUGUUGAGAUCACCGGCGAGCUUGAACUGCGAAUUCCUACCCGCGAGCAGUCAAAAGACUGGCAAUGGAAAGGUCGAGCUGAUGCUAUCGGGGGUUCCUCGAAAGCAAAAACCCAACAGAAGAGAAGGAAAUCACGCCCGAAAGAGGGUGAAAAGGGAACCCUUGGAUCCGACAUACGUCCCUUUGGCUGGCUAUCUCUCUGUGUGGCAGCCGACUCUUCUGUCAGCUACGCCAUGGACAUGGUAGCUUCUAGUCUGGGCUUUCGAAACGAGCUCACGCUUGAUCUGCGAGAGUCUAAGUUAUCUUCCAGCGUGAAUCAUGGACUCCUCUGGCAGUGUCCUCGACAACUCAUCACAUGCGACCUGUCUAACCCUCUUAUUUGGAACAGUCUUCGAUCAUGGCGAUUUACUGUACACAGCCAGGAUUUGGAACUGUUCCUCUUACGAGACCAUAUUUUUCUCUUAACUGACCUUGUCAGCGACUGGGCAUCAGGACCACCAUCUGAGUACUACACGUUUGUGCCGUUCAUUUACAAUAUUGAUCUCGUCUUUUCGAAUCUUCGGCUUUUGAUGAAUGUCAACGACCGAAACAUCAUCAGCAACCCGACUGAUUUGGAGGACAACCGAUUCAUUGUCAUUAUGGGCAACACGUUAACGGCGAAUGUGGUGAUCCCACUCAACAAAUUUCAGCCUGAUCAAAACGCUGUAGAAUUCAAAGUCAAUCUUGAAGAAGGGGGUGUGGACUAUCUCACACCUGGCUGGGAUACUUUGCAUGCCUUCUUACCGGGGAAGUCUAUGGCCACACUGGACAGCCUGUUCAUCGACGGGUCCUACAACUAUUUCCACAUGACCUCGCCUGAGUUGACGGAUACAUUGGUACUGAAUAUCAAAGGAGGCUCGCCUCGAAUGUAUCUCUACGGAUUUUUGAUCAAGAGUUUCAUGACAGUCCGAGAGAACUACUUUGGAGAUGAGAUGCACUUCAAAACCCUCGAGGAAUAUCAAGAACUAGUCAACGCCGAGCAACCACCGUCCAACCCCACGGGCAUAAACCCGAACAGAAAGUCCAAUGAUAUGGAUGUAUUGGUUCAUGUCACUGUCGAUAGCCCAUGUGCGAUGCUUCCCGAGAGUAUUUACGACCAAUUUAAAUGCUCAAGGCUGCGCGCCGCCUCGCUUGAAGUUGAUUUGCGGUUUACCAAUUAUUACAUGGACAUGCAGCUUUCAAUAAGUCCGCUCAAACUCGACAUGCAGUCAGUCCAGGAUGAUGGAUUCACUUCCAUAACAGGAACACAAUUAUUUAUUGACGGCGUCUCGGCCUAUGGUCAUCGUUUAUUUGGACUACCACCUGCCGAGCCGACAUAUGUUUGUAACUGGGAUUUUGAUGUUGGAAGAAUCUUGGGUGAAUGCUCCACGGACUUCUUGCAAUGCUUGUCCUCAAGCCUUAAAAGUUUCGACUUCUCUUUUGACAACGAAGAAAAUUUCCUCGCACCACUCUUCCCUCCUGUUCUAUACGAUGUGACUUUCUUGAGAGCAAAAAUCAGCUCUAUUCAUGUCUCCGUGCUGCUGGACCAAACUGCCGUGGUCUUGAAAUCCAGCCCGCUGACAACAAAAUUCAAUGAUUGGGCCAAUUCGAAGUUCUCAAAACGACUGAGCUUAGUGGUUCCUGAUCUGACUAUUGCUGCCAUUGAUCGCAAUAAUGUGGCCCAGGCUCUUCGAACACCCGAGAAAACUGUAAAUACACUGGGUCUCGUCCAGCUCUCAAUCGCGCUCAAGAUGGCUAUGCGCAAGAGGGACAUUGGCGAGCUUCGUCGCCUGCAACAGGAACACAUCAAGGCUCAUGACAAACGAACUCAUCGAGCACAAUGGCUACUGUUCGACUGGGAAGAUAUUGGUCCAACUUCAUCUUUUGCCGACGGGGAAGAAGAUCUCUCGCCUCCAACAAUGGCCAUUCCAUCCAUGCCUGAGCCCAUACAAGGAGGAUUCGGGUCAAGGAGUAUUCCAUCUUACCAUGGGUCGUCAAGAACUCAUUCAUCCGGUAGGAGCAAGAGGAGCUUCCUCAUUCCUUCCGAAACAUCGAGCCUUAAAAGCGUCAAAUUUCACAGGAAGUACGAUUCGCGAACGCUUUCAAGCUCUGAACAAACCCAACGGCCGGAUCCUCCGUUCCGUGAUGCUAGCUGGUCUAGCCGGGUAAAGGACACUGAUAGCGUUUAUUAUACUCCCAAGUCGAUCCCUUAUUCUGCCGCAGCAAUCCGAGACGCAAACCCUUGGAUUCUACCACAAUUCUCUUACUACAAACUUUCGCUUGACACAUCUGAAUUGCCAUCUAUCGCAGAAAGACAAAACUUUGAACAAGACGAUACUGAUAACAACAACAAAUCCAUGUUCCUGACAUUCGAGGACGACCAAACGACUUACACCAACUUUGCCAUCGAUCUUCCUUUAGGAAUCAGGGGGUUCUGUACUCCAAGGUUUCUUCACAGCAUAGCAUCGUUGCUUGACGGACUUGAACCCAAGCACCCCAUUCAGAUCAUGGAUGCUCUUCAAAAAGAUGUCGUUUCUGACAUUGUGGGUUAUGACAAGGCCAUGCGUCAACCAAAGAAAACCACGGCUGUCGCCCUGCGUAUCCCGAGCAUUCAAUUGAGACUGGUCGACGUUUCCGGGUCCCGUGAAAACCCACAAAUCAAGUUCCGCGACGUUUACACCAUCGAGCUGUAUCGACUUCGAACGGAGUUCCAAAGAAGAGUGCAGCGUCAAAAGGGCGACCUUCUUGAAGGUCUAAAGCAAGGUGUCACAGUCCACGCUGCGGCAGAUCACGCAUCUAUCGCGGUGGAGGGUGGUCGAGCAGAUUCAUUCCAGGAGAAAGCCGUCUUCGACUGCGAGCUAGGUGACAUGAACUUUUGGUUGGUCACCACACCCAACGUCCGGUCGCACCUUCAGAUGCGGUACUUCAAUACGGUCACAUCUGCCAAGUCUGUGGAAGGUCUGGCGUUGCUGGUUCGCCGAGCGACGACAAUGUUUGACUCGGUAGCCUCGUCUUUCCAACAAGUUUCAUCAUCCAGCAAACGGCGUCUGCGACUUCUGCUCUACUUUGUCACGCAGUCCGCUUCUGGUAUCCCAGACCCCACAUUUUUAGCGCGCAUAUCUUAUGUGCUCAGAGUUGCUUCGACCCAUUUACGACAGCACGACUCUUGGAAAAUCAUCUCUCGUAUUCGCAAUGUCUACAAGAAUCUUCCCGUGCAUCUCAAGCGGGAAUUGGAUAGGAAUUGCCAAAGCGACAAUUUGCCAUUACCUCCCAAUGCCAAGUCGACGGUUUUGACUGGAUUUGAUCAGUGGCGAGCCUGGGACUUAGCUCACGUUGAAAAAAGCUAUGUCAUGCGAAAAAUAUGGUCAACGCAAGAACAUCAGCCUGCCACGAAAGAGCCCUCUUUGUCAUUAUCUUGCACGAUCAAAACCUUCAAAUUCUGUUUGGAUCCCGGUCCAAAAGAAAGCGAUCUCGUCGUUGAGAACCUGUCAACCAUCACGUCAGUGAUUCCAGAAAUGGCAGUUCAGGGAAAGAGCCCAACGAAACACAAGAAGGUCAUCAGUUGCCAGUUGUACAAUUCAUCUUCGGCUUUACGUCUUCGAUGGGAGAUUGUGGAUCUUGUCGAGGGCGUGAUGAAAGUCAUGUCGAAUAUCACGCUGGAAUCCAAGCCGGAACAAAAAACAACCGCAAUCAAAGAAACGACACCCACUGAACUGCAAUUUGUAUUUGGCACCGACUUCGGAUCCAUCACCCUUGAUGGCAUCAACAUCAAGCUUGCUUUAGUAUCUCGAUCUCUACGUGGUUCAGUCGUUCACAGUUCAGCGGGUACUAAAGAUGCAAAUAAGGAAAAGCUUGCUCUCUUGUUUAGUGCUGCAGCCUGUUCUUCGGAGUUUUUGAGCCAAUCGACGACUCUCUUGCACUCAAAUAUCGCAGAGCCUUAUCUCUUCUUCUCGCUUCUUUCUGAAGAAGAUACCACUAAGUGCAAGCGUGACUGGAAGAUCACUAGCUCAUGCAAAAAGCUUCGUUUCAAUAUGAGGCAGGAUCCGGUCAAUCUGGCCCAUACGGCAGAUCUCCUAAUAGCAGACGAGGUCUGGUAUAUUCGACAACUCAUGGACAAUGUCAAGAUUCCCACGCAAGAUACCGAUGUGAAUUCCGUGGCAUCCAAGAAGUCGACUAGUAACACUGUCAAUGUGGCAAUGUUCCUAGAUGACUACAGGCUAAGCUUUAGUCUUCUCCCGUCUUUGACCUAUAUGAUCGUCGGUGACGUCGCGCGGAUGUCCGUGAUGCCAACCGAAAACUCGAAGAUCGAAGUCGAUUUCGACGUCAAGAAGAAUUUCCACAAAUUCAUGUCUGGUGAUGGUGCCCGGUCUCACGCUUUGUCGGUUCUUGAGAUACCUCCAACCAACGGCCGGAUUUUGGCAAAUCUCUUACCCGACCGGAAGGAAGUGGAGAUAGAUAUGACCAUAGAGCUCAUACAACUCGAAGCCAGUGCCGUGCGAAGCCUUCUUGCUGUAUUGACUGGUCCCGACAUCUCGCACCUUCUUUCAGACCUCAAGCAGAAUGUUGGCGUUGUCAAGUCUCACCUAACGGACGUGCUUUCUCUAGAAAAAGAGUCACCGAAGCCCAAAUCAGCUACAGAAGAUACUGUUGUUCUGUACAAGUCGCGUCUCACGAUGGCUGGAAUUGAGAUCCACGCCAUUGCACCAGGUCUGAAGGGACGGCACUACUCAGCGGAGAUGCUUCUCAGUCUGGGCAUGAUGCAGAUGCGCCUCCAGAAUGGUCUAGACCGUGGUUAUACGAUGGAAUAUCCAGAGUUCAGCAUUGAUGCCUCUCAAAUUAACUUCGAGCUACGCAGACGCGAGCGAUCAAAAAGUACGUUCUGUGGUGGGCUUUCCGCGGCGCUCAAAUUACUUGGAACGUCGACCGUUCGUGAGAAUGGAGAAAUCAUGCGCGCAUAUCACUUCACGAGUGACAAAUUUGACAUUGAAUUGUUUACGGAAACAGCUGCUUUGGUGGUUGAUAUCGCAAUCUACACGCAAGAACGGAUCAAGACGCUAGACCUGUCCCAUGAGGUCAAGCGACUUAGGAGGUUACGACAUCGCAACCACGACGUACCGGAAACUCCAUCUGAGACUCCCGAGAUUCAUUUAAACGACGAUUACAACCCACAGGCGUUUUUGAAUGCUUUGUACUCCUUGCAGUUCCUGGACAUCCAGGUUGCCUGGAAUAUGCCUGCGGCAUUGUCCGCCGCCUCAGGCAGACAGCCCGAGGACCUGGUCUUUUCUAUCCAGCAGCUGGAGCUCUCUAACAAGAAGAAGAACGCGGCCAAACUUCGCAUUGGAGAUAUGCAACUACAAAUGGUGCCAUUCCGCGCAAACAGGAAGCAGCGCUCUCUGAAUUCCGCACUCAUGCCAGAGCUCGUUUUCAACGUUGCUUACUACUCCAGCGGCAAAGACACAUGGCUUGCAUUCCAGGCAGCUGGCAAGUCACUAGAUAUUCGAGCGACGUCUGAAUUCAUCAUUCCAGCGAACAUGAUACGAAAUUCGAUGGCGUCUGCAUCCGAAGCUCUCAGGGAAGGCAAAGCUGCUUGGGCGACAAAGUCGACCCCAGAUGAUGGCAACGGCACCGAUAGCAACAAAGAUCGUAGUCUUUUCGGUAAUCGACGCUUGCGAUCUGUCUUUGUGGAUGUUGAUUUUGCAGGUGCCACUGUGACUCUGCAAGGCAAACAGGACCAUGAUUCCCAGAGCAUGCUUUCCUCCACUCUCAAGGGCAGCCGGGUAGCGGAAGGCAAAUACGGGCAAUAUGUUCAGGGCGAUUCGGCGACGACUGCAACCCUUCGAGCACCAGGUGUGGCAUUGAAGGUUCACUUCGAAGACAAUGGAAAUGACGAUCCGGCCCUCAACGCCGAACUCAAGGUUGAUCCGUCCACAAAUGUGCUCUAUCCGACAUUGGUGCCCUUGGUUAAGCAGAUGACUGCUACGGUGAAGGAGAUAAUGAGUGAACAGCAAAGUCAGCAAGGCCACCAAAGCCCACAAAAUCAACGAAGUGAACACAGCCAACCGCCGCAAAACCGCCGCCCAUCUGCGGCUUCCAAGCUGCAACCCCAGAAACUGAUCCAGGAGACUCCGUUUGGACCGCAAGAUCCAACAUCGAUUUUAGGUCGUUGCAAGGUCAAUUUGGGAUUAUUGUUCAACAAACAAGAGUUCAGUCUGAGCUGCCAGCCAAUAGCCAGAGUUGCCGCCACAGCACGAUUCGAGAGCGUAUACGUCACCGUCAACACCGUUCAAUCGGCAGAGCAGGCACGCUUCCUAGCCUUGUCUUUGGCAUUCAACAACCUAGAAGCUUCCGUCAAACACGUAUACUCUAACGAGUCUACGGCAAGCUUCGAAGUCAAGUCUAUGGUGUUGUCACUCAUGAACAGCAAGCAUCUCGGCCGCAUGAGCGGGAUGUCGGCUAUUCUGAAAGUCAGCCCCAUGAAAGUUUCACUGAAUGCAAAGCAAGUGCAAGACUCUCUACUGUUCCAGGAAAUCUGGUUGCCAUCUGAUGAUGAGCCUAGCCCUGCUGCGACCCCCGAGCCGCCUGCGCCAACCCCCGAGUCUCACCAGCCAUACAUUGUUCAACGAUACCAGCAGGUUGCCUCGGCGUCGGCAUUCCCUUGGAAUACCACUAUCGCUAUUGAGAAGUUAGAGAUUCAACUUGAUCUGGGCUCAACUCUUGGAAAAGCGCAAUUCGCUAUUGACAACGUAUGGGUGUCAUCGAAUAAGACUUCUGACAGUGAACAGAGCAUGUGUAUCAACUUUGACAGUGUGAGCAUUGAAAGCAAGGGCCGUAUGAGCGGCGUUGUUGAGCUUCGUACUUUCAAAGUCCGCACCUCUAUCCAAUGGCCAGAGGAGAAUGACGCGUCCUUGCAUACUCCCCUCAUUCAGGCAUCCAUUGCCUUCCAUCAUCUCCAGGCCAAGGUGUCGUUUGAUUAUCAGCCUUUCCUGGUCGCACACAUUGCCAUGUUCGACUUCUUGAUGUACAAUGUACGCGAAUCCUCUGGGAAAGACAAUCAGCGACUAUUCAGUAUGCUGGAGGGAGACGAGGUUCAAGUUUUCUGCACGUCUUUGACGGCUUCCCAAACGCUGGCACUGUAUCAAGCGUGGCGGAGACUUGUGCAAGACAAACAAUCUGCGUACGAAGCAUCCCUGCGUGAAGUGGAACGAUACCUUCGGCGCAAAUCCACCAUGCUCCCAGACCGAACGGAGAUUCAAACAAAGGACCUUGCCACGAAAAACGACGAAGAGUCCGAGCAGGCGCCGAUAUCACUUCAUACAGGGGUGGUUGUCAAUAUUCGCCAUGUCAAUCUCGGCGCAUUCCCAAGCACCUUCUUCGACAACCAAAUUUUCAAAGUGGAGGCAUUUGACGCGGAAGCCCGAUUUGCCGUAUCACUUGAUUCAGACAAAAUUCACAGCGCGUUGAGCCUGACAUUAGGUCAACUUCGCGUGGCACUCUCUGGCAUCAGUCGCCCAAGCGCCGCCCAGCUCGAAGAAUUGUCGGUAGACGAGAUCGCCGAACGCGCCGCCAACUCCCGAGGCGGAACCAUCCUGAAAGUUCCCCGACUGGUCGCUGGAAUGGAAACAUGGCAAGUCCCCGGGACCAGGCAGAUUGACUACAUCUUCCGCAGUACCUUUGAGGGCAAGGUGGAUGUUGGCUGGAACUACUCACGCAUCAGUUUCAUCCGCGAUAUGUGGGAGACACACUCGCGAGCCUUGGCUUCCCGACUUGGUAAACCGCUCCCUCCUUCUGCGGUUCGCAUCACCGGCGGUCCCGGUAGUAGCAGUGCCGAAGGAAGUGGCUCUGGAUCAGAGCAGCAGGAGAAAAUUACCGCCGUGGUCAAUGUGCCACAAUCCAAGUACACUUACACAGCGCUUGAGCCGCCCGUGAUUGAGACACCGCAGCUGCGCGAUAUGGGUGAAGCAACACCACCACUGGAAUGGAUUGGGUUGCAGCGUGAUAAGCUUCCCAAUAUUACGCAUCAGAUCAUUAUUGUUACGUUGUUGGAGAUUGCGAAGGAGGUGGAGGAUGCAUAUGGGACGAUCCUUGGAGCGUGA